AGGAAGGUUGACGAUGGAUGGCGACUACACUGGACAGGUCGAAGAAGACGAGUUCCGACGUGAUCCCCUCAUCCAUCAAAACUCCAGGCUCUACAUAUCGCAUGUCUUCGUCCACGAGGACUUCUAACGCAGAUCUGUCACCUCGUGGAUCGUCCUUUGCUUAUUCGUCGGCGGCAGCUUCUAGUUCCAAUGGUAACAACAGUUACAACAAGGAUUCGUGGAAAUCGUCUGUUUCUAGCCGGAGCUCACUUUCGAGCCUCCGUCAUUCCUUACCAGAAAAUCCUCAUGUUUACGAUUUCAAAGAGAUCUUCUCCGCCACAAACAAAUUUCAAUCCACAAAGUACUCUUCCUCGUCGUCUUCCGCCGCUUGGAGAUGUGUGAUUCGCGGCGACGAGGUUGUUGUAUUUCAACGGAAGUUUCGGCGUCCAAUUGAAGAGACAGAGCUUCGUGAACGGCUUCUAGUGAUUUGCAAAAGCCAUCACUCGAGUCUGAUUAAGCUUCGAGGCGCUUCCAUGUCUGGAAGCUACAUAUACUUGGUUUAUGACUAUGUUAAAGGCGCUAGCCUUGCCGAUUGCCUUAAAAACCCUAAGAACCCUAACUUCACCGUACUUUCCGAUUGGAUGUCGCGAAUUACGAUCGCCGCUGAUCUCGCUCACGGUCUCGAAUACAUUCACAACUCCACAGGGUUGGAGAAGAAAUUCAUCCACAAUCACAUAAAAAGCACCAGCAUAAUUGUAACGCAAUCGUCGUCACUGAACGCGAAAAUAUGCCAUUUCGGCACGGCGGAGCUUUGCGGAGAAACAGAUAGCAGGUCGGACUCAGAUCCAAAAAAUUCGAAUUCAAAAUUUGUGAAAUUCGAAGGUACCAGAGGCUACAUGUCGCCUGAAUUUCAGGCUACCGGCAUUGCGACGCAGAAGUCCGACGUGUACGCUUUCGGAGUUGUAAUUUUGGAGAUAUUGUCAGGCGAAGAACCGUUGAAGUACAGGCAAGAUAAGGAAACUUUCGUGAGAGUUUCAUUGAUCGAUACGACAAGAGAGGCGGUGGGCAGCGGCACCGUGAGACGGUGGAUGGAUAGGCGGCUGAAGGACUCGUACCCGGAAGAGGUGGCAGAGAAGUUGGCACGUUUGGGGCUUGAGUGUCUGGAGGAGGAACCGGAAAAGAGACCCGACAUGAGUUGGGUUGCGAGUCGGAUCUCCAAGCUGUAUUUGGACUCACAGAGUUGGACGGAGAAAAUGGGAUCGCUUCCGGCUGAUUUCACCGCCUCCUUAGCCCCCCGCUGAUCAGUCAUGAGUUUUAGUAAAUGACGUAGAAGCCCCUUUUCUUUCAUUGAAUGUUAUAACCACCCCCUGUAUUUUCUCCACUGGAGAGAGAGAACACUGUCUUGGACGGUAAAAAGUGCAAAUAUGCAGCGAUAAGAUAACACGUCAAUGUACAAAGAAAAACGUUCGAAAAUUUUGUCUGAAUCAAAUGCAUAUAGCGUUAAAAUCAAA